AGUGUCCCAGUGACAAAUGAACCUCCCAGUCACUGCUCGCCGUGCCCUGCGCUCGUGGGGGGCUGCUCCCCCAAGGCAGGGACAGGUGGGAGUCCGGGGACCUCGGGCGCCGGGGCUCUCCCAGCUGUCCCAGGGACUGUCUUCAGCGGAAACCUUUUGUGUUUUGUGCCGGGGCUGUUUGUUGGAUUUGGCCCUUUUGGGGAACACACUGUGAACGCCAGUUGGAUUGCAGUUCAGGAGCUGGAAAAGCUAGGCCUUGGCGACAGUGUGGACCUGCACGUGUACGAGAUUCCGGUUGAGUACAAAACAGUCCAGAGACUCAUCCCUGCCCUGUGGGAGAAGCACAGUCCACAGCUGGUGGUGCAUGUGGGGGUGUCAGGCAUGGCGACCACAGUCACAUUGGAGAAAUGUGGACACAACAAGGGCUACAAGGGGCUGGACAACUGCCGCUUCUGCCCCGGCUCCCAGUGCUGCGUGGAGGAUGGGCCUGAAAGCAUUGACUCCAUCAUCGACAUGGAUGCUGUGUGCAAGCGAGUCACCACGUUGGGCCUGGAUGUGUCGGUGACCAUCUCACAGGAUGCUGGCAGAUAUCUCUGCGACUUUACGUACUACACCUCUCUGUACCAGAGUCAGGGUCGAUCAGCCUUCGUCCACGUGCCCCCUCUGGGGAAGCCGUACAACGCAGACCAGCUGGGCAGGGCACUGAGAGCCAUCAUUGAGGAGAUGCUGGACCUCCUGGAGCAGUCAGAGGGCAAAAUCAACUAUUGCCACAAACACUGAGGAACGCUCAGGUCUCCUAAGACCUCAUCCUGCUGGGGACCCCACGAGGGGACAUCCACCCUCUGGGGUGUGGCCAGGAAAAGACAAGCUCUUCAACUUGGGGAUCCGAUCUGGAAGAGAGAUUCUGAUCUGCCCAUCUCUUCUUCCUCCUUCUCUACAAAAGCUCCGGUUGAUUUGAGGGAAGUGGCUGAAAAUUUUCUUUGCUCCCGUUUUCCUCCCUGCAUCUGGGGACACAGCUGCCGUGACCAGGGAGGCCAGCCUGAGGGGUCCAGAUGCCCAGGGAGAAUCUUGGUCUGGUGGGUCCAUGAGCUGCGAUACCACAGCUGGAGCCACGUGUUCACCUGCUUUCCUGUCUGUUGGUGAAGGAAUUUCAGAAUUCACUUUAUAUCCAAGACUGGCUUUUACCAAAUUUAAAAGCCUCUCACUGAGUCCUCGACCUUGACCUGUGCUCAACAGCCUGGCCCUUUCUGGGGCUACCCUGGGAUAUGGCAUAAUUUUUUCUUUCUUUCUUCUUCUCUCUCUCUCUUUUUUUUUUUUU